GCUGGGGCAAUAUGGGAAAGCUAGAACGUGGACAGAAGUUGCGAUUGUUACCCCCUCUUUGGUAUAAAAGGGAACUGUUUCGAUUGUAUCGAUAUCAAAUUUAGUACCAGCGUUCAGCCGAGCAGUUCCAAGCCUCAACCACAAAAUCCAACCAUGAAGUGCAUCAUCGCUGCAGUCAUCUUGGCCAUGGCCGCCGUUUCCGAAGCUGGAGUGAUCCCAUGGGGAUGGCCACAUGCCGCUGCUUUGCCAGCUGCCGUUCCGGUUGCUGCUUGGCCCCAUGCUGGAUGGCCUUAUGGUGCUGCUGCUUGGCCAGCUGCUGCUCCCUGGGCUGCUGCUCCUUGGGCCGCUGCCGCCCACUGGCCAGCUGCCGUUCCAGCCAUCCAUGGUCCAGCUGCUUCGGUAGCUCACCACGCUGGAGUCGUUCCCGGAGCCACUUCUGUCACCGCUACCCGUGGAGCCGUUCAUGUUGCCCCACUGGCCGGACAUGCCGUGUCCCAGCAGCAACUGAACCUUGCUCCAGCUCCAGGAACCAUCUAAAUUUGAUACACUUCUAGUCAGGAAUCGAAUUGGCCACCGACAAACUAUGCAAUGGAUACCGGGUGUGUGCGCGUUCCCCACGGGAAAUGACUUGAACGGCGGUUCACACACACCGGAACCAAACCAAGUGAUAUACUCAUUAGAUGAUAAGGAGGGCACCAAGUGCCAUCGAAGCUUACACCGAGAGAUUCGUAUGUACAACUGAGCAAUAUUUUCAAAUAAAAAUGUGACUCAUUUUUAUGACAGAUGAA